AUGGUGUCUCCGCGAGAAAAGGCCGGGUUCUCCCGGCGACUCGGAAGCGGCGCGGUCCUCCUGGCGGCCACAGUGGCGCUCCUCCUCUUGCCGUGUGCCGAUGCCGCGCAGAAAGAUACCUGGUCUCCGCGGACCUUCACGGCCGAUCCUUUCCCCGUGCCUCCGCCAGACUGGCAAAACCUCCCCUUCCUGCGCCGCCAAGAGAGCGCUCGCCGCAGGCUUUUGAGCGGUGGUGGCGUGUCACGUCCUCAUUGGAUGCCUCAUAGCGAGUACACCCUUCCCUGGAUGCUGGGGGAUCGGAAGCCUCUCAUUCCAACAGACCCAUCGGAUGGGGAAGCUGACGUGGCAGAGGCGGCGGCCACGUCACCCGGAAAUGACGGGUGGCUUGGGGCUAACGGUGCAGGUGUUGCCUCUGCCGCUGCUGCUGGCGGUUCGGCGGGCGCGGGAGCAAGGGGGGGGCCGAGAUACUCACUGGCGCAGCGAAAAGGCGUGUGCUCCCCGGUUACUCCCGCGAGUCCGCGCAUCGUGGUUACCACCGAGGCUGACUUCGUGAAGCGCCUCAAGUAUCCGCGAAUAACGACGGUUCUGAUGACGCUAAAAGCGGACAUAAUGCUAAAGAAAGGCCUCGCUUUUGGCCCCUACUACUCGUGCACGAUCCUGCAAGCGGACGUCACGGGCAACCGUACGAUCUCGUUAGCCGGAGCCGAUCAGCCAAUCCUCCGAAUCGUCGAGACUUUUAACGUGAUUGUAUGGGGAAUCAACUUCUGGAUGGGCGUUCUUCCAACUUCCCCUGCUUGCAAGGGGAUACCGGAGCACGGAGCGGGGGCGGUUUGCCCUACAAUUCACGUGUACAAAUCCUUCGGCAUCCAAAUUGCACAGGGUUACCUGUGGGGGCGAUUGGACUUGUAUCGCACGAUGAAUUCGCUAGUCGACGGGAUGGCGAUCACGGGCGAGUUCCCGUUCGCCAAAAGCCCGGGUUCCAUCCGCGUCGCAUUCAGCGGGGUCGGCACCCGGGCGAUCAAGUCGGGCAUCGUGCUUUCAAAUAACGACAUUUACGGAGCCACAGCGUGGCAGCUUAUACGCGCGCGCAUGCGCAUGCCCAUUCUCCCUCCUAAUCUUGCUCUCCUAACUCCACGUUCCCCCGCCGUUUGUGCGUUCUUCGCUCCCUCCCCUCCCCUUCCCUCCUCCUCCCUCCUCUCCCCUCCAUUUCCAUCUACAAUUUCAUCCCCUCACCCGUUACCCCGUACCCCCAUUCCCCGUGUUUCUGUUGCAGUCGUCAACACGCCCGUCUACUUGACCAACGGUGCCGUCGGCGUGCAGUGUCCUGGACUUGGCGCCUCACCACCUCUCUUCCACUCCUCUCCACUCCUCACCGCUCCUCGCCACCCCUCGCCACCCCUCGCCACCCCUGUGCAGGUCGUGAACAACUUCUUGCACCAGUACACGGGGAGCGGCGUGCAGUGCGGGACGCACGUGAACAACGCGGGGAGCUGCAUGAUGACGUUUAUCGGGCGCAACUGGUUCUUCCCCAACGUCACCAUCACCGCCAAGACCGACAUCUCGAAUAUCCGCUUCACCACGCACUGGAUCAGCCCCGGCAAUGCGGCGUCAUGCAACUACAUGCUGGGUGGCAACAGCUGCUUCAACCUAGAGGCUGACACCACCGGUGUUGUCGUCCUGGGGGGCGCGUGCAUGGGUGCUUUUAACGGGGUCAACAUUGAGAAUGGCAAAGAGAACCGGAUACAGUACGUUUGGGUGAAGGACUACACUGCCGUCCCGGGGUCAGCGACGUGUCCCACAGUCACAACCAUCAACUGCAACACGCCCACAGGCAAGCUGUGGGAGAGCAAGCGGAUCAAGUACUACAACUCCCCGAUCAUUAACAAGCGCUGGCCCUUCCUGAGCAAAAUCUGCAAGGACGCAAGCAUCGGCACGGUGCCCUGCAAUGUCCCCACAGCCGGGUCCCUCAACGCACGGCAAACCGGCAAGUGCAGCGGCCUCCCGACCAGCGACCGGGACGCAUGGCCGCAUUCCUCGCCUCUAUCGCUCAUAGAGGAUUUAUUCCCAACAUCGCCUGCGCUUUCCUCUCCCUACCGCCUCCUCAAAUCCACCCCGGCCCCCACGAAGUCCUCCGGCCGCGCAAGCUCCCCCGCCCGCGCAAGCUCCGCGCCAGCCUCCGACAAGAAGGGCAGCGGCAAGAAACUGCAACAGUCGGGAAAAUCGGCGUCAGAGGGCGCCACGUCAGCAGGAGCCGGAACAGCCCUCUCGUCGUCCACUUCUGGGAAGGGGAAGCGGGGAAAACGGGGGAAGCGGGGGAAGGGUGGGAAAAAGGGGAAAGCGGGGGGUGCGGCGAAAGCAAGUGAGACGAGCAGUUCGCUGCAGAACGGAAAGAAAAAGGCGGGGAAGAAAGGAAAGAAGACGGCUGUUUCAUCGGGCAAAACGGGCAAAGCUGGGUCGUCUGGCGAGAGGAAGAAGGGUGGGCACAAGUGGCCUCGCGAGGGCACAACGGGGUCUGCUGGUGAGAGGAAGAAGGGCGGACAUAAGUGGGCUCGCGAGGGCACGAAGAAAACCUCUGUGAAGAAGUCUGAGGCAAAGACGGCGAACGCGCCACUAGCGAAGAAGGCCGCGACGACUUCGCCAGCGUCGGGUAGCUCUGGAGGGUCCAAGCGCGGACGAAGCAAGUCUGGAAAGGGAAAGAAGAGACGCACCCCCGCUGCGGCACCAGCUGACUCCGGCUCAAAGUCCGGAGGGGGCAAGAGGAAGCCAACGUCGGGCAAGUCCGGCUCGCGUGGGGGAUCCGCACCUCCCGCCACAACUUCCGCGCGUUCGCACAAGAAGGGCAAGACGACGAAACACAGCCAGGAAGUGGGCUCUGGCAUUGAAGGGAAAGGGUCAUCGAAUUCCGCUAAGCCAACGAAGCCGCCUGCGUCUCCCUCGGGAGGAAGCACGUCGAGCCCAGCGAAAUCGCCCAAAGGCUCUGACUCAGAUGCCUCCAAGGCUAGCAAAACGCCGAAGCCGUCCAGCGGCCCAACUAGCAGCUCAAAGCCCAGCAAGGAUAAGAACUCGGAUUCGGCGAAGGCUGAUUCGGGUUCGGAGAAAUCAGGCUCGGAUGCAAAACCUUCUCCUCCCUCUUCUCCCGCCAAGCCAAGCACGGGGAAGAAGAAAAAGCCACCCCCGCCAGCAGACACGAGUGAGGGUGAACCUGCCAGCUCGCCUCCUGCGGCUCCUGUGCCGAAGAUGAUAUGUGAGAAACACAAGGGGCAGCAGCUGAUGGUGAUGGACGGUAACCUCUUCUUCACGGGGAAUGUGGAGAAGUGCGAGGGUUCUUGUAUCAAGGAUUCCUCCUGCCUCAUGUACACCUUCUCGGGACUCAGCUGUCAACUCUUCACGGCUAAUAUGACUGCCAGGCCUGUCAAGGCGUGCUUUUCGCGUAAGUGUCAGUGGGGGAAGUGCAGAGACACGGAGGGAGAUGGUAGCGAAGAGGACAGUAGCGGAGAUGGCAAUUCUGGUGGGGACACUGGUGGUGCAGAUGAGAGUGGGGGAGGUGAUUAUGGGGGUGAUUCCAGUGGAGGGGACUCUACUGGGGAUGACAGCACCAGUGACUCAGGAGAUGAUUCCAGCUCGGAUGGAGCGACCAUUGACUACGGGCGAUGA